AUGGAAGAAGACAGAAACAAGCUGCAGGCUUUGUCCGAAGCUCUGCAAAAAUUCCAAGACGAUCUACAAACCGCAGUGGAAGCACGUCAAAAACUCGAGGCGCAACAGCAAGAAAACAAGGCUGUCCAGAAAGAGUUCACGUCCUUAUCCGAUGAUGCGGGCAUCUACAAGCUGGUUGGCCCAGUACUGCUGAAGCAGGACAAGACGGAGGCUGUAAAUGCGGUCGACGGUCGGCUCGACUUCAUCAACAAGGAAAUAACCAGGCGGGAAGCCAGGAUCAAGGAGCUGCAGGAGGGAAGCGAGAAGACGAGGAUCGAACUGAUGCAGCUCCAACAAAAGAUACAAAUGGUCGCACAGGAACAGGGCGCAGGCUGA